AUGACAAAAGAACAAAUUGAUGAACCACGCUAUAAACGUAUAGCAGUGAUAGGGGGUGGACCUACUGGACUAGCUGCUGUUAAAGCAUUAAGUUUAGAACCUGUUAACUUUUCAUGUAUUGACCUUUUCGAAAGAAGAGAUCGAUUAGGUGGAUUGUGGUAUCACCACGGAGACAAGUCAUUAGUUAAGCCUGAAAUUCCCAGCCUUUCUCCUUCACAAGAAGAGAUUGUUUCCGACAAUGCAACACCCGCUGACGAAUACUUUUCAGCAAUCUAUGAAUACAUGGAAACCAAUAUUGUGCACCAAAUUAUGGAGUAUUCUGGUGUGGCAUUCCCUGCCAAUUCUAAGAAAUACCCCACUAGAUCACAAGUUUUAGAAUACAUUGACGACUAUAUCAAACUGAUUCCCAAAGAUACAGUCAAUAUUAGUAUAAACUCUAAUGUGGUGUCAUUGGAAAAGGUCAAUGAGAUUUGGCAUAUAGAAAUUGAAGAUGUAAUCAAGAAAACUCGUGCCAAGUUGAGAUAUGAUGCAGUAAUUAUUGCCAAUGGACAUUUUAGUAACCCAUAUAUCCCUGAUGUGCCUGGAUUAUCAUCUUGGAAUAAAAAUUACCCAGGUACAAUCACUCACUCCAAAUAUUACGAGUCACCAGCCAAAUUUAGAGACAAACGUGUUUUGGUGGUUGGAAAUUCGGCAAGUGGAGUAGAUAUUUCUAUUCAAUUAAGUGUUUGUGCCAAAGAUGUAUUUGUUUCCAUAAGAGAUCAAGAAUCCCCACAUUUUGAAGAUGGGUUUUGCAAGCAUAUUGGACUCAUUGAAGAAUACAAUUAUGAAACUCGUUCAGUGCGAACAACAGAUAGAGAAGUGGUUAGUGAUAUUGAUUACGUGAUAUUUUGCACGGGAUAUUUGUAUGCUCUCCCAUUUUUGAAACAAGAACGAAAUAUUACAGAUGGAUUUCAAGUGUACGACUUGUAUAAGCAAAUUUUCAAUAUUUACGAUCCAUCCCUCACAUUUUUAGCUCUAUUACGUGAUGUUAUUCCAAUGCCAAUAUCCGAGUCUCAAGCUGCAUUAAUUGCAAGAGUUUAUAGUGGAAGAUACAAAUUGCCACCGACCGAAGAAAUGGAGAGAUAUUAUCAACUAGAAUUGAAAGAAAAGGGUCGAGGAGGGAAAUUCCAUAAUUAUAAGUAUCCACGGGAUGUUGCAUAUUGUCAAAUGUUACAGACUCUUAUUGAUGAACAAGGUUUGCAUACCCCUGGGCUAGUGGCACCUAUUUGGGAUGAAUCUUUGAUUAAAAAGAGAAGUGAAACUAGAGCUGAGAAAAACGCACGAUUAAAGAAUGUGGUUGAGCAUGUUAAACGUUUAAGAGCAGAAGGAAAAGACUUUUCUUUGUUAGAGUAG